AGCAAGCACCGGAGCGGGACUCGGGGGCCAUGGCGCCGGCUGGCCUCAAGGCGGUAGUGGGCGAGAGCUGUCAGAAGUUGCUGGCAUGGGAGCUUCCCACAUGAGUUGUUUGUUCCAUAUGAGUCUAUUGGACAAACACUUUAGCCGAGCAGUUUGUGUUCUAGCCACAGAAAUCCUGAAUGAUGUCAUCCGUAGCAUGAAGAAAGAUGGAGAAUGGAAGGUACUCAUAAUGGAUCAUCCCAGCACACGUAUUGUCUCAUCCUGCUUUAAGAUGUCAGACCUUCUGGCUGAAGGAAUCACAAUUAUCGAAGAUAUUAACAAACGCCGAGAGCCCCUCCCCAGCCUAGAAGCCAUCUAUUUGCUCAGCCCCAUUGAGACGUCAGUGCAGGCUCUGAUAAAUGACUUCAAAGGCAGCCCCACCUUCUCAUACAAGGCCGCUCACGUCUUCUUCACUGACACCUGCCCCGAGAACCUCUUUAAUGAACUAGGCAAGUCCCGAAUCAUCAAAGCCAUCAAAACUCUUAAGGAAAUCAAUGUUGCUUUCCUUCCCUAUGAGUCACAGGUGUACUCCUUGGACAAUCCCCAGAGUUUCCACAAUCUCUUUAGCCCGUACUGCAGAGAAGAUAAGAACAAUCAGUUAGAAAGAAUGGCAGAACAAAUCGCCACGUUAUGUGACACUCUCAAGGAGUACCCCUCGAUUCGCUACAGAAAUGGCUCUGAAGAUUGCUGUCUGUUGGCCCAUGCAGUGUUGGCAAAGCUGAACGCCUUCAAAGCAGACAACCCCACCAUGGGAGAGGGCCCUGACAAAUCUCGCUCUCAGCUCCUGAUUGUGGAUCGAAGUUACGAUGUCGUGUCUCCACUUCUGCAUGAACUCACCUUCCAGGCCAUGGCCUACGACCUGCUUAACAUUGAGCAGGACACUUACAGAUAUGAAUCUACAGGUAUCAGCGAUGCACGGGAAAAAGUGGUACUUCUGGAUGAGGACGAUGACCUCUGGAUGCAGCUGCGCCACAUGCACAUUGCUGAUGUGUCCAAGAAAGUGACUGAGCUCCUACGUACUUUUUGUGAGAGCAAAAGACUCACCACAGACAAGGCCAAUAUCAAAGACUUAUCACAGAUCCUGAAGAAAAUGCCCCAAUAUCAGAAAGAGCUUCACAAGUAUUCCACACAUCUGCACCUUGCAGAGGACUGUAUGAAUAACUUCAAGGGCACUGUGGAGAAGCUGUGCGGUGUGGAGCAGGACCUGGCCACGGGUGCAGAUGUGGAUGGAGAGAAAGUCAAAAAUCCUAUGAAGAUUAUUGUGCCGAUUGUCCUGGAUGCCAAUGUGCCAGCAUUUGACAAAAUUCGCAUUAUCCUGCUUUGCGUCUUUCUCCAGAAUGGCAUCAAUGAGGAGAACCUUAUGAAGCUCAUCCAGCAUGCCAACAUACAGCACGAGAGAGAUGUCCUCUACAAUAUGCACUGCCUGGGUGCCCCCAUCAUGCCAGAGGACAGUGGACAAAUGAAACCUGUGAGGAAAGUGAGAUUGGAAUCUACCUACCAGCUCUCUCGAUGGACCCCCAUUCUAAAGGAUGUCAUGGAGGAUGCCAUUGACGACAAGUUGGACAAGAAGUUGUGGCCUUAUGUCUCUUGCCCUGCUCCAGGCCCCUGCUCUCAAACUGCUGUGAGUGCUCGCUUUGGUCAUUGGCACAAGACCAAGACAGCAACUGAGUACCGGACAGGUCCCCGCCUCAUUAUUUACGUGCUGGGAGGAGUAACCAUGUCAGAGAUGCGCUGUGCCUAUGAAGUCACAGAGGCCACUGAUGGCAAGUGGGAGGUGCUGAUUGGCUCAUCCCACAUCCUGACUCCCAAGCAGUUCCUGGAAGAUGUGCGCAACCUGACUGAGCAGACCCCAUUGAAGUCCUAAGAGGAGCCCUGGCUUCUGAGAGACUUACUGACAGCCUCUCUAUCUAUUUAUCAGCUGGGAUAAAGUUGUUCUUAACCAGAUACCCACUCAUGUGCACCCAUCUCUGCUUCUGUCCUUUUAAGACUGGGCCUCCGCUUGGUGCCGCCUUCAUGAAUGUGCUUGACAUGGGAGGAUCUGGUUCAAGAUCCAGGCGAAAGACUGGUCCAGCUACCUGUUACAGGUUCUUUGUCUCUUACUGUGAUGAAGUUUCUGGUUGCACUUUAUCUUCCGUUGCCCUCUGCCCCCCGAAAUAGGGGAAAGGAGGAGCAGCUGCAUACUUGAUGAAGCCUCUGUCCCUCAACUGAGGCAACUGUCAGCUCCCUUAAGGGAACUUCCAGGGAAAGAUCUGCUUUGAUAACUUCUUGUCACUGUUUUGUGGUUGUCUGGGCCCCGCCAAGAUUCUGAUCUCCCCCCCCCCCCCGCCUUCAUUAAGAAUAAACGCCCUGGGGGAUGUUGAGGAAACUUGCAUGAAUGAACUCAGGACCGUUCCACUGACCGUAAUCAUCCCAAGAUGCUCACCACUGCAAACCUAGUAGUGCUGUUAAUAGCUGGCACGAAAUAAGGGUUGUGCCUCCCACUUCAUAAUUACCAAGAUGACAUCUCUGCUUAGGGCGGCGUAUACUUCUUGCGUCACAAGAGUUGUAUAUUUUUAAUAAAGAAGUACAGAGACUGUAAAAUAAAUGGGAAAAGCAAACAUCUCUGCAUAAUUUAUUUUGUGAUUUGAGUUCAAAAGGUAAGAAUUCUGACUGGGCUGUGCAACAAACCCAAGUCCGCAGCCAAGAUGAAAUAAUAUUUGGUGGUUUUACUCUUUGCACCCCUUUAGGCAGAGUUCCCUGGCCUGGACCGCUUCAUAUUAGAGGCCGGUAGGGCAAAACCAGCUUCUCUCUCUGUGGAAAGCUAGCAUGUGAGGGAGAGCUAGAGUAGCCCAGCCUUCCCCUGAUGUGCUAGCAUUCUGUUUGUAGGAUGUCCUGCCGUGGAGCAGAAGGGCCAGCCACACAUUCACACACACCCCAUAUGCAUUCUGUAGUAGUGUAGUUGCAGGAGGAUUGCACCAGGUAAGUUUUCCAAAAUGUAUAGUUUGGCCUCUAGUUUUUUAUAUUAUAUGUUUAGUAUGGACGUGUUCUCAACACUUUUCAUUGUAAUGCUGCCAACGUACUAAUCUCACAGCUGUCUGAAUCAUUCCUUCCUGCUGCCUCAAGUGAGGGAAUGUAAUUCUGUUUCCAGAAGUGAUGUUCCAGAUGGUCUCAUGCAUAGAGAACUAUUAAAUCUCUUCAGUAUAAAAAUUGCACAUUGGAUAUCUGCAAGACGUAGCAUUAACCAGUGCACAUAUCCUGCAAUGGUGUGCCUCAAAACAGGUGCUCUGACUUUUAAAAUCUAGAAUUAGAAUAUUUGUUUCUCCAGAACACAGCAAAAAAUAAGUUUCGCACUACACCAAAACACUAAACUUUGACACUAUCUGCAAAUAAAAUGA